AUGACAAGCCCAUUCACAUCAACAACACCACCCAGAAUCAAAAACACAAAGGGCCUCCACCUCCUAACAACCAGCACCCCCAACGGCAAAAAAGUCCAAAUCCUACUGGAAGAACUCCGCGAUAAAUACGGCUUACAAUGGACUACAACCCUAAUCGACCUCGACACGGACGAGCAGAAGCAGCCGUGGUUUCUGGCGCUGAAUCCUAACGGCAAAAUCCCCCUCCUCAUCGACACCAACAACAACAACUCCUCCACCCCAAUAACGGUAAUGGAAUCCUCCGCAAUACUCAUCUACCUCGUUGAAACAUACGACCCGAACCACCACUUCUCUUUCUCCUCAGCGGUUGACAAAUCCCAACUUCUCCAGUGGUUAUUCUUCUGGUCUGCGUCCGGGCAGCCUCAACAGGCGGGGUUGAAUCAUUUUAAGAGGUUCGCGGGGGUGGUGGAUUCUUAUGCCAUCGAGAAAUUCAAGACCGAGACGCUUCGGAUUUACAACGUGCUGGAACUGCAUCUAUCUAAUAGUUUGGCUGGUGGUGAUGGUGAAGCGAGGGAGUACUUGGUGGGCGAAGGACGAGGAAAGUACAGUAUUGCUGAUAUCAAUGCGUAUGCGUGGAUAAGGGCGUGGAAGAGGAUGACGAUUACGGAGGAGGAGAUGGGUAGGUUUCCGGUGCUGAGGAGGUGGGUUGAGAGGAUUGAAGGAAGGCCAGCGGUGGGGAGGGGGGUUGGGGAGGGGUAUGAUGAGGAGGUUCAUCCUGAGUUGUUGCUUACUAGUACUGGAAGGUUUUGA